AUGGCCACCUAUAACAACGCCUCUCGCUUCGCAAGCUGCAAGACCACCGGAGAAAUCCUCCACAAAGCCGUCUGCAUCGACGAGAUGAUCACCGAUGAGCAGACUCUCAAGGACUUUGGCUUCGAGAAUUGCGUCAUUCCCUCCGAUCAGUUCACCCUGCUCGGCGUGUACCGAAGCCUCAUCGUGAGCCUGGCAGUCUCGUCCAAGAAGCUCGACGAAUGGAAGGAGCAAGGCCUCCCAGUUGCCGGCGAGAACCUUCUCUCACGAUUCAAGCGAAGACGCGGAACUAUCCCGGGAGAGUUCUAUGAGUGGGCCUUCAGCAACCAGUACAUUUGGGGCCUGAAGAGCAUGUUCGAUGAGUGGGUGGAGAAGUCCAACCGUUACGCCAUGUGGUACAAUGGCGAGAUCUCUGAUGAGGAGUUCGAAGAGGAGGCACGUGCCAAGAAGUCUACCGCCUCGAAGGACAAGAAGCAGAAGAAGCAGACUGCUACUUUGAAGAAAGAUGAUGGUGCUCCCGAGGACAAUGGACAAGACGCCGAAACUGGCGCGAAGAAGAACGCCCCUUCCGAUAAGAAGACUGGCAAAGGGGUUGCAAAGAAGAAGAAGAAGAAGUCCAUUCCUUUCGACAAGUGGAAGUAUGAGACCGUUAAUCUUCCCUCUCAGUCCAAGAAGAGAGAGCGAGAAGAAUCUUCUGGCGGCAAUGUCCCCGAAGCAUCUUCAAAGAAGGCGAAGCUCACCGGAGAGCCUUCUCAGGAGGCACAGAAGGAUUGA